AUGGCCAAAGCAUACACAAUUGAGAAGUUUGAUUACCACAUGGCAGAGGUAGAGAAAAUUUAUAAGAGGGUCAAAGAUUACUUUAUGAACGUUGGGUAUGAAAGAUGGUCCAGAGCACAUUCCAUUGUCAACAGAACAUUGGCAAUGACUUCAAACAUUGCAGAGUCGAUCAAUGUAGUGCUCAAGGCUGCUAGGGAACUCCCAGUACCGCCUUUGCUGGAGUACAUAAGGCAAUUAAUUGGCCGAUGGAAUGUUACAAACCAAAAGAAUGCAAUAGAGUCAUUUACUGAUCUUGGGAAAAACAUGAUACAAUGCUGA